CGGGGCCUGCCGGCGAGUUGACAGGCGGCGGCCGGGGGCGGCGGGCACGACGGCCUCCCCGGCGCGAUGGCGGGGGCGGCGGGGCUGAUGGCCGAAGUGAGCCGGACGGUCCUGGAGCAGAGGGCCCGGGCCAAGCGCUCAGCUGUGGACAUGGCUGUGGUUUAGCCUGUGACGCUUGUGGUCAGAGGCGACCAUUUGACAUGGCCAGCCCGCCUGACGCGGCCGCCUCGUCUCCCCGAGCCUUCUUAAGGUCUGGCUCCGUGUACGAACCUCUGAAGAGCAUCCACCUCCUGCAGCCCGACCAUGAGAGCCUGUGGGAGAAGCUGGACCGUUUCUACAGGAUCGUCAAGGCCACGGUGCUGCUGUACCAGAGCCCCACCACCGGCCUCUUCCCCACCAAGACCUGCAGCGGGGACCGGCACGCCAGGGUGCAGGAUAGCCUGUACUGCGCCGCGGCCGCCUGGGCCGUGGCCCUCGCGCACAGGCGCAUCGACGACGACAAGGGGCGGACCCACGAGCUGGAGCACUCGGCCGUGAAGUGCAUGCGAGGGAUCCUGUACUGCUACAUGCGGCAGGCCGAUAAGGUCCAGCAGUUCAAGCAGGACCCGCGCCCGGCCACCUGCCUGCACUCCGUGUUCGACGUGCGCACCGGGGACGAGGUCCUGUCCUACGGGGAGUACGGGCACCUGCAGAUCAACGCCGUGUCCCUCUACCUGCUCUACCUGGUGGAGAUGAUUUCCUCGGGGCUGCAGAUCAUCUACAACACCGACGAGGUCUCUUUCAUCCAGAACCUGGUGUUCUGUGUAGAGAGAGUCUACCGGGUGCCUGACUUCGGGGUCUGGGAGAGAGGCAGCAAGUACAACAACGGCAGCACGGAGCUGCAUUCGAGCUCGGUGGGCCUAGCAAAAGCGGCUCUGGAAGCAAUUAAUGGCUUCAACCUCUUCGGCAACCAGGGCUGCUCGUGGUCGGUCAUCUUCGUGGAUCUCGAUGCUCAUAACCGCAACCGGCAGACCCUGUGCUCCCUGCUGCCCCGGGAGUCGAGAUCUCACAACACGGACGCCGCCCUGCUCCCCUGCAUCAGCUACCCUGCCUUCGCGCUGGAUGACGAGGCUCUGUUCGGCCAGACCCUCGACAAGGUGGUCCGGAAGCUGAAGGGGAAAUACGGCUUCAAGCGUUUCCUGCGAGACGGGUACCGGACAGCCCUGGAGGACCCUCACCGGCGCUACUACAAGCCGGCCGAGAUUAAGCUGUUCGAUGGCAUCGAGUGUGAAUUCCCCCUGUUCUUCCUGUACAUGAUCAUCGACGGGGUGUUCCGCGGCCACGCCGCGCAGGUGAAGGAGUACCAGGACCUGCUGGCGCCCGUGCUGCACCGGACGGCCGAAGGCUACCCCGUGGUCCCCAAGUACUACUACGUGCCGGCCGACUUCGUGGAGCUGGAGAAGCGGAGCCCCGGCAGCCAGAAGCGGUUUCCCAGCAACUGCGGCCGGGACGGGAAGCUGUUCCUCUGGGGCCAGGCCCUGUACAUCAUCGCCAAGCUGCUGACGGAUGAGCUGAUCAGUCCUCAGGACAUCGAUCCCAUCCAGCGCUACGUCCCGAUCCAGAGCCAGCGGAACGUGAGCAUGAGGUUUUCCAACCAGGGCCCCCUGGAGAACGACCUGGUGGUCCACGUGGCGCUCAUCGCGGAGAGCCAGCGUCUCCAGGUUUUCCUCAACACGUACGGGAUCCAGACGCAGACGCCCCAGCAGGUGGAGCCCAUUCAGAUCUGGGCGCAGCAGGAGCUGGUGAAGGCCUACUUCCACCUGGGCGUCAACAACAAGCUGGGGCUCUCCGGCCGGCCGGCCCGGCCCAUCGGCUGUCUCGGCACGUCCAAGAUUUACCGCAUCCUGGGCAAGACGGUGGUGUGCUACCCCAUCAUCUUCGACCUGAGCGACUUCUACCUGUCCCAGGACGUGCUGCUGCUCAUCGACGACAUAAAGAACGCGCUGCAGUUCAUCCGGCAGUACUGGAAGAUGCACGGGCGGCCCCUGUUCCUGGUGCUCGUCCGGGAAGACAACAUCAGGGGCAGCCGGUUCAGCCCGGUCCUGGACAUGCUGGCGUCCUUUAAGAAGGGCGAGGUCGGCGGGGUGAAGGUGCACGUGGACCGCCUGCAGACGCUGAUCUCGGGAGCCGUGGUGGAGCAGCUGGACUUCCUGCGCAUCAGCGACACCGAGGAGCCUCCGGAGUUUAAGAGUUUCGAGGAACUGGAGCUCCCCAAGCACUCCAAGGUCAAACGGCAGAGCAGCGCCUCCCAGGCCACGGAGCUGGAACUGCAGCCCGACGUCAGCCUCGCCGAGUGGCGGGCCAGGCCCACCCAGGACAUCCUGCAGAAGCUGGAGGACUGCAGCGGCCUGGCCAGCCAGGUCAUCCUGCUGGGCAUCCUGCUCAAGAGGGAGGGCCCCACCUUCAUCACCAAGGAAGGCACCGUGUCCGAUCACAUCGAGAGAGUCUACAGGAAAGCCGGCAGCAAGAAGCUCUGGUUGGUGGUGCGCCACGCAGCGAGCCUUUUAAGUAAAGUAGUGGACAGCCUGGCCCCGUCCAUUACUAAUGUGUUAGUGCAUGGCAAGCAGGUCACGCUGGGCGCCUUCGGGCACGAGGAGGAGGUGAUCUCCAACCCGCUGUCCCCGAGCGUGAUCCAGGACAUGAUCUACAAGUGCAACACGCACGACGAGCGGGAGGCGGUCAUCCAGCAGGAGCUGGUCAUCCACGUGGGCUGGGCCAUCGCCAACAGCCCCGAGCUGUUCAGCGGCAUGCUCAAGAUCCGCGUUGGGUGGAUCAUCCACGCCAUGCAGUACGAGCUGCAGCUCCGGGCGGGCGGCCAGGCCGCCGAGGACCUGUACCAGCUGUCGCCCAGCGCCGUCAAGCAGCUCCUCAUGGACAUCCUCCAGCCGCAGCAGAACGGACGGUCUUGGCUGAACCGGCGCCAGAUCAACGGGUGUCUGAACAGAACGCCCGCCGGGUUCUACGACCGCGUGUGGCAGAUCCUGGAGCGCACGCCCAACGGCCUGGUGGUCGCGGGGAAGCACCUGCCGCAGCAACCCACGCUGUCGGACAUGACCAUGUACGAGAUGAACUUCUCGCUGCUCGUGGAAGACAUGCUGGGCAACAUCGACCAGCCCAAGUACCGGCAGAUCAUCGUGGAGCUGCUGAUGGUCGUGUCCGUGGUCCUGGAAAGGAACCCCGAGCUCGAGUUCCAGGACAAAGUCGACCUGGACAGACUGGUGAGGGAAGCGUUUCAGGAGUUCCAGAAGGACGAGAGUCAGCUCAAGGGCGUUGGAAAUCAAGACGACAUGACCGCCUUUUACGACACGCCCCCGCUGGGCCGGCGCGGCACCUGCAGCUACCUGACCAAGGUGGUGAUGAACCUGCUGCUGGCCGGCGAGGUCAAGCCGGGCGGCGACGACCCGUGCCUGGUCAGCUAGCGAGGAGGCCGGGGCCCGGGCCGCGCGUUCGGGGAGCGGGACGCUGAGUCCAGGCGGGUGCGCUGACUCCGCCGGGCGGUGCGGCCCGCCUCCCACGGCGACCGGGCCUCUGGCUGCCCCCGCCACGCGCGUGGUGGGACACGCUGCCGGGCACGCGGGAAACGUCCUGUGGUCACGCCAGCUCGUCGUCCUCUUGACUGCACGGUCGGAAUAGCCGACCAUGGCAGGCUCGCCUCUGCAUGCCCCGCGGUCAGCAGCUCAUCAGGAGCAACACGCUUCCCCACUUGCGGCCACUGCAGUGCGUGUGCCACGCGGCGCUGGACGGAGGCUGCGGAUCCACACGCACCGCCGCCCGCGGCCCGCUGACGUGUGAUGCCAGGAGCCGCGGUAUCGGUAACACGAUAGCAUCCAGAGCUGCGCCACAGUUUCACCUGGGAAACGUGACGAUGGUUUUGCAUGUGUCCCAGCGGUAGCGGUUGGACUAAAAUGCAGUGAUAAAUCUGAUCCAACGUGUGUAAUACUUGAAUGUUUGUAUUGCAAACACCGAUCAUGCCCGAUGAAACGUUUUCUUUGAGCUUUUCCUAGAGAGAGGGCGUCUGUGAGAUUAUUGAGAAGAGUGGGUGGCUAACCUAGUUUGUAUUAGUAAAAAUGAAAUUAAAUAUGACUGCAUUUUA